UUAAAGGCAUUGUUAUUGUUUAAACCAGAGUCAUAGAAAUGAUAGGUUUUCGUCAGGAGCUGGGCAGAGGGUUUAGCCCAGCCUGUCAAAUAGCAGCCCCAGAGUUCUAAUUCUUUAUCAGCAGGCUUUAAAAAAGGAGUGGAAGAGGAAGGGAGGGGAACUUCAGGCAUCCCAGGACUGAAUGCUAUGUAACAACAGCUCCAGAGAAGCUUGGACUGAGUUUUUCACCAUUUGUAGGCAAUCGCUGCCUACAUGGAAAAUGUUGGUCUGGGAUUUUCUGUUUGCACUUUAAAGUUCAAGUUGGGAGGAGAUGGUCCCAGGAGGAGGAAUGCCCACGUGUUGGCCUGAGCUGGCAGGGUGUAGCUCACUGCCCAGGCAGCCUCGUUAGUUUAACCAGUUUCGUUAACCAGUCUCUCAUUAGCAAGGAGGUGGGUGGGACAUAGGAGUCCUAUGGGUGGAGAUGCCAGUGGACCUAAACCAAUAAGGAUUCUUCCGGAAGCCCUGAGCAAAAGCCUCCAACAAACCGUGCCCACUGCCAAGGGGCAGUGCUGGGCUUACUGUGUGGUUUUGGGGACCUCAGUCCAGAGCAGGCAGUUGGCCCUGAAACUUAAAGCUGGGAUGUGUGAAUGAGGAUCACCUCCCCACAGUCAGUGAGGAGAGGUUGGUGAUGUCCACGCUGACUUGGCUGGGUUUUGCUGUCCAUCGUGGAUGGACAAGAAGGACACCCUCUCCUUUCCAGUUAGCAAUCUGUUUCUCUGUGAAGUCUUGCUUCUUCUCUGUAGUUCCCUUCCUGCUGCCACAGUAAUAAUCCCACGGGAUGUACAAGUAAAGUAGCAGAACAGCAGCACAAGCACUGGCUUUCAGCUCCCAAGGAAGACCUCUCCAUCUGACAGUAAUGACUUCCCAGGACCCAGUCUCCUUACAAGCUCUACUACCCUACUGGGAGUAGAUGGGAUACUGAACCCAUCAGAGGAGAUUUCCCUGAUAUGGAUUGCUGAAAUACUUUUUAAGGAGGCUUGGAUAGAGAACGACAGAACAGUCAUACUCCUUGGAGGCAGCUUCAGAUAGGUCCUUCCAGUCUGCCUUUCCAGAAUCAUUUCCUGCUUGUGCUUACUCUUCACUGCGAGCCUUUUGUUCUCCUAAGCUCCCUCCUCUCCAAUAAAUGCAAGUUCUCCACAGCAAGCAAGGCUGGCCCAGCCAGUGCUGUAGGCUGUGCAUGCUGUUGCUAGGGGAAAAGAGAUGACAGUUGGGUGCUUCUAGUUAAUGGGCUUAACUGCUUAUUAAUUAUUAGAUGUGGGGAUAAGCCAGGCCAGGGUUUUUAAGAUACUCAGCUCUGUUAAUCAACUAUUUCUAGCAGCAGGCAGUGGCCUGGAGAGCCACAACCUUGAGGGACAUCCCCUCCAGACCUCUUGUGAUCCGAGCAUGCAGCUUGCAGCCCAACCCACAGUGUUCCUUGGGCAGGCAGAUCCUUUCAAAGUCCACAGUCUUAAAAAGUCCAUUCCUGGAUUUUGUUAACACAACUUUGCCUCAGAGCUGAUCUUGCCCAGAAGGCAACUGAAUACUCUUCGUACAUCAACUCUCCUUAGGAGAGGGUAGGAGACCCAAGUGUUUGUAACUGCACCAGACCAGGAGAAAAAUCAUGAUCCAGGAGCGACUGUGGCAGGUCCUAGACCCCUUAUGGGCUGACCCUCGCGUUCUCUCGGCCUUGUUUUGUGGUUCAGCUUCAGCCAUUGUGCUGCUGAAAUGGCUGGGUCGCAGGCGAAUCCAGCAGAAGAUGGAAGAAGCAAGAAGAACACGGGAUCUGGCUCUGGAGAGAAUGGAGAAGGCAGCUCGCAGGUUUAAGCAAGAGAACCCAGGCACCCAGACUGCACACAUCCUCUCACUGACCAUGGUGGAGCUGGCGGAGAAGCUGAAGGAGGGGUCCCUGUCCCCAGAAAGCGUUCUCUACUCCUAUAUAGGCAAAGCUCUGGAGGUGAAUCAGGAAGUGAACUGUGUAAUAGACUUCAUUCAUGGCUGUGAGGAUCAGCUCCAGAAACUGAAGAAACAGAAGGAGAAGGGGCUGCUCUAUGGCAUUCCUGUCAGCAUCAAGGACCACAUUGACUGCAAGGGUCAUGUCUCCACUGGUGGGAUGGUGAAGUUUCUGGGCCAAAUGAAGGAAGAAGACAGCGUCAUCGUCCAGGUUCUGAAGAGCCAGGGGGCAAUCCCCUUCGUGAAAACCAACAUCCCGCAGACAAUGAUAAACUAUGACUGCAGCAAUCUCAUUUUUGGCCAGACGCUGAACCCCCUCAACCACCAGAAGACCCCCGGGGGCUCCUCAGGAGGGGAAGGAGCUCUGAUUGCAGGGGGAGGCUCCCUCCUGGGCAUUGGCUCAGAUGUAGCUGGCAGCAUCCGCCUGCCAUCCAGCUUCUGUGGGCUAUGUGGGCUUAAACCCACAGGCUUCAGGAUCAGCAAAUUGGGUGUGAUUUCUCCUAUCGCAGGAAUGAGCUCAGUGAUAGGGAUGCUGGGGCCAAUAGCAAGGGAUGUGGACAGCCUGGCCCUCUGCAUGAAGGCGCUGCUCUGUGAGGAGAUGUUCCGUCUGGAUCCCACCGUGCCCCCCAUCCCCUUUGAUGAGGAGGUUUACACCAGUUCAAAGCCACUUCGGAUUGGAUAUUAUGAAGAAGAUGGCUACUUCCAACCCUCACCCAGUAUGAAACGGGCCGUCCAGCAGACCAGAAAGCUCCUGCAAGAAGCAGGACAUACAAUUGUUCCCUUUGCACCACCUAAGAUUGACUACAUGGUAGAUGAACUGUUUACCAGAGGGAUUUUCUCAGAUGGUGCUGCUCACAUGGUGGACUCUUUCAAAGGAGAUAUCGUGGAUCCUAAUCUGAAGUCCCAGUUCAAUACUUACAGGCUUCCUGCUUUGGUGAAGAGGAUCCUGGCUAUCAUUUUGAAGCCUAUUUACCCACGAAUUGCUCGGGAUCUCAGUGCUCUCUGUGGAGUGGGGUCUGCCAAAAACCUCUGGGAUCAGCAUAUAGCUGUGGCGGUUUACCGCACUGAAUUCAUUGCUAAAUGGAGGAAGCAAAAACUGGAUGUGAUUCUUUGUCCUGUACUUGGUCCAGCCUUUAACCAUGGCUACGCUGGGAAGCUAUUUGCUGCAACCUCCUAUACCAACUUGUACAAUGUCUUAAACUUCCCUGCUGGAGUGGUGCCAGUCAGCACAGUCACAAGAGCUGAUGAAGAAGAACUGAAGCAUUACCGAGGGCACUACGAGGAUCCUUGGGAUAAGAGACUGAAAGAGGCUGUGGAAGGAGCUGUGGGGCUGCCUGUGGCUGUGCAAUGUGUGGCUUUGCCAUGGCAGGAGGAGCUGUGCCUUCGGUUCAUGAAGGAGGUGGAGAACCUUUCCCGUGGCAUGAGGAGAAAUGCAUGAUUUCUCAGGAUCUGCUUUGCUUAUGUUGACCUUUAAUACCCUGCUUGUCACUCCGUCACCUUUUACUCAGUGUGCAACACAGAUAGCAAUCUGCAGACUCCAAAUUCCAUUUCAGUAAAAUGGCAAUAAAUGCUGCUUGAAAGCAGUUGGAAAAAUCUA